AUGGCAUCAGACAAGCUUCCUUCAGAUGAAAAGAGAGAUCCUAUCAAGCAGGAUAGCGAAGAGUCCCCACUAGGCUCGAGCCUCGACGGCGACGGCGAUGGAGAGCCAGGUGACGGCCAGGCCAACCCGACACCGGAGCAGGCGCCCAAGAGGAAGGGAGGCCGCAAGCCGAUUUAUGCUACCACAGAGGAGAGAAAGCAGCGGAACCGACAGGCUCAGGCUGCCUUCCGAGAGCGGCGUACAGAGUAUAUCAAGCAGCUCGAGCAGACCAUCAGCGUGCAGGAGCAGACGUUGGCCAACCUCAAUGCGGCUCACCGCACGGCGGCGGAUGAGUGUCUCAUGCUGAGAUACAAAAACUCCCUGCUGGAACGCAUACUUCUUGAAAAAGGGAUCGAUGUGCAGGCCGAACUUCAGGCCAAACAUGGCAGCCCUAACUUUGGCCCUACCCACAUGCCAGCAAUGAUACAACCGCCUCCAAUAUCGAGGACACUGCUUAACAGGCACCAUAACCGACGAUCGACAUCCAGCAUUGCCCCCAAGGUCGAGCCCGGGUUUAGCACCCUUCCUCCUAUCCACGCCGGCAAUCUACCCGCAUCAUCACCCAAGUCGCGGACCAUGGCGUCUUCUCAUGCGGCCUCACCGGCCACGACUGAGGGAUUCGGAGUCUCACCAGCAUCCUCAGAGAACACGUCGGGCUCGAUGCGACCGGGGAUGGCGUCUACUGGGAUGAAGCCGCCGGCAAACCCGAUGGGCCCUAUGCCAGGCCCCUCUAGGAUGAUGCCGCCGAUGCAAGGGGGCUUGGGCCAGCCAUCUGGCCAUGUCCCGCCCGCGGCCAGAAUGGGAAAUGCCAGCGGCGCGCCCUUUUACCAGACACCAGCAUAUCAAAACCAUCUUGAGCAGCUAGGUAAAGCAAUCUUCCACCUGACUGACAACCUCGCAGAACAAGAAUACGAUGCAGCCGCAGAUAUGAUGGAGGAGGGAACCGAGAACGAAGAUGCUGUUUCGGGACCAGGUCCGUAUCCAGGGACUAGUUAUGCCGCUCACGCUGCCCAGCAGCAGAUGAGUCCGACGACUGGUGGGCCCAUGGAACCAAAUGCCGUGACAGGACAGCAACAGCAGCAGCAGCAGCAACAACAACAACAGCAAGGCAUGUCGAUGACACAUCUCCUAGACCCUUCGAUGGACUGGGAUCCUUUCGGUCUCAGCGCGAGCAUGGCGUUCCCGUCCUCCUUCUCGUUUGACACGAGUAAUAUGAGAUGA